AUGUUCCUUCAACAGUCGUCAAAGGCGCACAACGCCGGUCAAGCCGCUCAAAAGGAGAAGCUCGCCAAGGAGCGAGCUGCCAUGCGACCGUGGGUCGAAAAGUACCGUCCGAAGACGAUCGACGAUGUUGCUGCGCAGGAACACACCGUCGCGGUGCUCCAAAAGACGCUCAUGUCGAACAAUCUCCCGCACAUGCUCUUCUAUGGUCCGCCCGGUACCGGCAAGACGUCGACCAUCCUCGCGCUCGCUCGCCAGCUCUUCGGGCCCGAGCUGAUGAAGACCCGCGUCCUCGAGCUCAAUGCGUCCGACGAAAGGGGUAUCAGCGUGGUAAGAGAGAAGAUCAAGAACUUUGCCAAGCUGGCCGUGACCAAUCCAAAGGAAGGGUUUCCGUGCCCGCCGUUCAAGAUCAUCAUCCUCGACGAGGCGGACAGCAUGACGCAGGACGCACAGAGCGCAUUGAGGCGCAUCAUGGAGCAGUACAGCAGGAUCACGAGGUUCUGUCUGGUGUGUAACUACGUGACGAGGAUCAUCGAGCCAUUGGCUUCGAGGUGCAGCAAGUUCAGGUUCAGGUCGUUGGAUACGUCGUCGACCAAAACACGGCUCGAGAUGAUCGCGAGCGCAGAAUCCGUCGCUUUCCGGGACGAUGCCGUGCUGGAUACCCUCAUCAGCACGUCGGAUGGCGAUCUUCGACGAGCUAUCACGUAUCUACAAUCUGCGUCGCGCCUCCACAGCGUCGCGGGUGACGAAAAGUCGGCAGUCACCUCGGAGUCGAUCGUCGAAAUCGCAGGAGUCGUUCCCACGCGGGUCAUCGCGUCGCUGGCGAAAGCGGUGGGCAUCGAAGCAUACAACUCCGACGAUGACGUCGAGAUGGAUUCCGUUGGUGGUGCAAGGAAGAAGGACGCCUUCGAGAGGAUCAGAGAGGAGGUGAGGACCAUCACAAGGGAGGGCUACUCGAUCACACAGCUGCUGGUGCAGCUGCACGACCAUAUCAUCGCCCAUCCCACCUUGCUGGCCAAGAUCAAAGCAAAGGCGGCGCUCUUGAUGGCCCAGAUGGACAAGUGUCUCACAGAUGGCGCCGACGAGGAGCUGCAGCUGCUCAACCUUUGCCUCAAGCUGCAGGAGGUCGUGCAGACCGAUGGCAAGGCCUACGUCUAG